AUGAGCUCUACAAUAAUUUCUCCAGAAAAUACAUCCUCUACCCCCUCGUUUUCUCGAUCACGUUCCAAAAGAAAUUCACUAUUAUUUAUCAACAGCGUAAAUAUUGCUCCCUCACGCUCGUCUUCCACUUCUUCUUCCGCCUCUUUUGGGCGUACUGCACCAGCUCAUUUACCCAGUCCGUCUUCCAAACUCGCGCUUAGCAUGAGAAAAAGAUUGCAGAGGUCUACAUCAGAAGGACCAGAAGUAGAUCGCAAUCCGGCUGAAAUAAUGCUUGGCAAGACCAUGGGAAAGGAGUUUCUGACCGAGGUUCAUAAAAUUCAGCGUCUUUUGAAAGAAUCUCAGGAAAAUUCUGCUCUCCUCGAGACGGACAAGACAAAUGGCCAACAAAAAAUUGACCUUUUAUCUCGACAACUUCGUCAAAAGUGUAUAGCUGAAGAACGAUUAAAAGAGGAGAUUUGGGAUCUUGAAUUAGCAAAGCAAGAAUUAACACAACAGAUACAAGAAUUGUCCCAAAGUCUGAUACGAUCGCGACUAGAUCAAGCUCGUGUCAAACGACAAGAGGGUCUUAUAAGCCAAGAAUUAGAACUCCUCAAAGCUUCUCACGAGAGCUGGUCAAAAUCCAUCGAAAAGACACAGCACAACUAUGAGCAUGAACUAGCCUCUUUGCGCCAAACACUAGAAGGUGUCCGACAAGAGAGAGACAACCUUGCCCGAGAACUAGAGCAGUAUAAAGCAUCUAUACCUACCAAACCCAGCCCCACAGUACCACAAUCCAUCUCACCAGAAACCUCCAGCACCUUAUCACACACACCGGAGAAAGAAACCUUGGUGUCAACUACGACAAACAAACGGCAGAACAAGAAGAGAACAAAUUCAUUGCUCGAGGUCGAAACUCUGAGGGUUUCGCUAGCUCACUCCCAUUCUGUCGUUCAAGCCCUUCAUCAAAAAUUAGAGAAGGAAAGGCUUGAGAGAUCAGAGAUCGAUGCGCUCUUGCGGGAAUCUCAAGAGACGAUUGAGAACUUUUGCAAGCUACCUAGAACAACUAGAUUAGAAAGCUGGACUGAUUCGUCUGCAGACAGCACUGUCGAGGAACCUCUGAAUGACACAUACAACAUUUCGUAUUACAAUGACGAUAAUAACCUAGACUCGUCUAUUCCGCCACUUCUUAUCCGCUCUCGAUCCCUGGGUGAUGAACUCUUUUUAGCAGAUGCGAUGUCUAGAAAACCUAGAUGCCCUACUGUUUCUGAAACUGAGCAUAUCUACCAACCAGUAGAAGACGAAGAAGGAGAAGAAGAAACAUACCGUGGCAGCGCAACCAUAGAACGUAUUGAUUUUUUGGACACGAAAGAUAAAGAAGAUGUCAAAUCCUGGACCCACUGCGAACUACCGGCAAUAUCCCAUCCUCCAUCCCAGGUGGUGUAUCCUCGACCCUGGUUUGAGAACGAACAGUCUGUAAAAGAGGGAUGUGGCUCAGUCAUGGUGGAUCCUGGAACUUUUAUGUACGAAUCGGACCAGUCAUCCAAACAACACAGACACUCGGUCUCCAAGAAUCGGUCUCAAAAGCAUACGCCACACAUAGGGUCAGAAGAACAAGAGGCUGUAUCCACACAGAGUAUUCCAACUGUUGCGCGGACAAUGAUUGGUGAUUGGAUGCUUAAAUACACUCGUAAGCGUGUAGGGCAGGGAAUCUCUGAAAAGAAGCAUCGUCGUUUCUUUUGGAUCCACCCCUAUAGUAUGACGCUCUAUUGGUCAACCCAAGAACCAGGCACUCGAGGAGGUCCAUCUGAUGCCAAGAGUGCACUUGUUGAGUCUUUCAAGGUGGAUUCUAAUCCUGUUGAAGCACAAACAAAAGAGCCACCAAGUCUAACCAUCAACACCUUGACACGUAAUCUCAAGAUUCAGUGCUUAAGUCAUGAGACUCAUGCGGUCUGGAUAAAGUCUCUUUAUUACUUGUUAAACAAGACCCGUAAAAAUAUCCCGUCGUGUACCCCUUCUUAUCUACUGCCCCCUACUUCAAAGGCAUCCAACAACUCUUCUGACUACAAUGCCAAGAGUCACCGAGAGAAGCAGAGACGUAUAUAUACAUUAUCUCAAUGCAUCGAGGUUGAGGAUAUCCGCAAAUCGAUAGACUACAACUCGACCAGAGAUACAACAGAUACCACAGAUUCGAGCUAUCUUAACAGAGAGCUAAACGAACUGACUGCUGUAUCUGAUCCUAUUCCGAGGAACCGCUCGAACGAAAAGAGUUUACGCUGUCGUCUAUCUCGUCGAUUCCAAGAUAUUGCACUCCCUAAACAUUUUGAAAGGACACUUUAA